AUGGUUGACAGCCCCAAAGUGAGACAACCCGGUAGACUUAGAGAUUCGAAGAAAGUUUCUUACGACGAGCCUAGUGUCGCUAGCUCUGUGCCCGAGUCCGAGCAUGUCAACCGAAAGAUAGCUGUGUCAGACGACGAAGACGACUAUACUCCGUGGCGGGAAGACACGCCGGUGAAUGAGACUCCACAUCGGAAGGUAAAACGCAAGGUCCUCGUUACGAAAGGUGCACGACAGCGAGCGUUCGGGAAGUCUCAGAACAGAGGUACCUGCAUUGUAUCAGGGCUCAAUGACGGGUCCAUUCAAUAUCGUCACGUAUUGCCAUGCGCCACAAAGCCGGAUGUGCUCACGCAUCUGGAGUGGUGGAGGGGCUUUAAGACAAAGCUCAGUGUGGACUCACGCCACAAUCAGGCUUUCCGUGCGUGUUCUUUCCAGGAGGCAUGCCGAUACGCGUGGGCUUACUUGCAUACAAUUCGUGGAGACCUGCAUAUAUUGUGGGAUCGCGGAGACAUUCUUAUCGCUCCGAUGCCCAACGUGGUGAACGGAUAUAUGGACAAGUACAAGGAUGGUGAAAGACACAACAUUUUGGAGGAUAGCGACGAAGCCAAGAUCCACGAGUACUGUGUGAUCCCUCACCCAGACCUUGACAACUCUCUGAUCCGUGAAGGGUUCACCUACGGAUUCGACAAGGUUGGGAUCAUCCGGUCCCAUGCGAAGCCGCACUUCAUGUUCUUGAACACGGCCAUGAAGCUCAAGGAGGACACGGAGAUGUGGGUGACGGUGUUGAAGGUGUUCUACGAAAGAAUACAUCUUCCAGUCGACACAUCCUGCUUCGUGGGGGAUAUCCUGACCCUAUCUGACGUGUGGACCGCGCCACCACCCAGGGAGGCAGAGUUGAUAAUGAAGGAAGAAAAGGAACAGGCGGCAGAGGAAGCGCUUAGUCUUCCCGUAAUCAUUUCCACAAGCGAACCAAUGACCUCCAAACGCCCCAAAGGUAUUUGUGGCGCAACAGCUCUUGUGAGUCCAGGAGGUUUGGAAAUGGACAAACUCCCCAAAUGGAAGGCCCACAAGCCCAAAGGCAAACCAUGCGGUAGCAAUCUGAAGUUGUAUACUGCCCACUUGACGCCUUCUGGAUCACGGUGCCUGCUGAGUCUUCAGCAAUUCAAGCCCACACAGGCAUGUCACGUUAUCCCGCGAAGAACCGACAUCGAUACGUGUGAGAAAGUGGCGGCGUGGUGGGGGAUUGAUGAAUUCAAGGUCAACUCCACCUUCCAAUAUCUUCUUAUGCAUGGUGAGUACAAAGACAAGGCCCAGAUACAGUAUCUUGCUCAUGGUUUUCUCCAGUCGCUGGACGAACCAUUUGAGCGACCUUCCCGAUACAGAGAAGAAUACUGCCUUUGCGAAUUCAAAACCUUAGGCUGGGUGGAACCCCGCGUUCCUGCCCAGUUCGUUAUAUACAACGCCGGCUUAUCACUAUGGAAGGGUGCUGGACCAGACGUCUUUGAAACAGCUUUAGACAUCUUCUACAAGCAGCACAAAGUCGAAACGUACCCUUCAAUAAAUGAAUGGACACGACACAUGCUGCCUGCAAGCGGCAAGUGUCGCACCCGAACAACGCUUUACCACCCUACAAUUAUCCAUAUAUUCUCUCCAUUCGAUGUCUAUGAGCGGUGGCUUACGGCGAGUAGGGCGAGCAAUAAAAGGUACACGUCAUAUGUCGCACUCGAACACCUGCCAAGUUGGUCUUCGCAAGAUUCGACGCGUUCCACUGCAUCUCAUAACUCCCAGCCUUUACUGGCGAACAGCGCUCGCUUGCCGGAGUGUGUGCUCCGUGAUGUGGUCCUCGUGGGUCUGGGCUUGACGACAGCGACUUCAAUUCUACAAACAUAUCGACACACUGCACACUGGGGAUUCUUCCCAAGAUGGUGCAUGAUACUCUAUACUGAGGCAGCGGCGAUUGCAGCACGUUACAACACUCUCAGUCGAGGUGAAUGUGCCCGUAGAGGAAUCAAAGAUCUCCGUUCGGUGUAUCACAAAGUGUCGGGGAUCUCCGAAAAAACGGAAAUCAGGAUUGUCGAAGCAGAGGCGGACUCCUCGCUACCAGAAGACAUCACCCAUCGGCUGAAACGGAGACGGUUGGCGGAUACAAGGGCUGAUGAAGUUCGCGCAGAGAGAGCGCUGCUGCCUAAUAUAUGGAGCGAUGCAACCAGGGUCGAUGACGGCGCAUUCUUCGGUCUUGGACAUACACCCAUCAGCGACUGCACGAGUGUCGGGGACGUCGAGCCCGAUGCAGUGGACCCGUUGCUAGAAUACGUCUCCCGUCCAUUGAAGCGGAAGCGAAGUGCGGACACAAGCACCUAUGACGUUCGCGCAAAGAGGGCGCGGACGUCUGGCACUUCGAGCGACGCAAUCAAGGCCGAGGACCGCGCUUGUUUCGGUCUUGGGCAUAUACCCAUCCACGGCUGCACCAAGAUCGGGGUCGUCGAACCGGACGCGGAUCCCUCGGUCGCCCCCAAUAUUGACAUACACGUGCUACUUGAAACUAUCGCUCGCCCGCCGAAGCGCAAACGGUGUGCAGACACGACGACCGAUGAGGUCCGUGUUAAGAGAAGGAGGUUGUCUGACAGUCCGAGCGACGCGUCAAAGCUCAAAGACGGGAUUCCUUUCGGACCUCACCCUAGAUGCAUGAUCACGAACUGCGUGUCCGCCGAGGUGGAGGCGUGCUAUAUUCUGCCUCCCGACACGCCUCAACCGUUGGGCGACUGCACGACGCUCCGUAUGCCUACUGACUCUAAUGCGGCCUAUUGUAGCACGCCUGCAAAUAUCAUAUUCCUUCUACGUGACCUCCGCAUUCUGUGGGACACAAACCGCCUGUUGAUGAUACCCCAUCCCGACCAUAUAGACCACCCUGAUACCCGCCCUGUCUACAAGUACUACGUCGUUGCAGAAGAUGAGCACCCUUCAAGCUCGCGCAUCUCCAAGGAUCAUACCAUUAGGCCUCCAGUCGCGACGACUUGCAGCCCGUGUCGCUCGCUGAGAUGGCACGAGCUGAGUGCCAAUCUGCAUUUAAUGACAAUUCGAGUGGGUCGUGAAUUCAUGAAGCGACCGCUCCACUACGAAUAUCAUCUAUCUAAGGACGCUUUUGCCCAUUCACCCAUUAUCAGGCUAGCCCAGCACCAUGCACUCGAGUCGGUCUCCCCCCACAUUGAUCAACAAUCGCUUGUCGAAGACAUCCCCCGCCCGCGGAAGCGGAAACGGUGUCCGGACACAGAGACUGAUGAGGUCCCUGCCCAGAGAAUGCGCACGUCCGGCACUGCUCGCAACGCGUUCAAGGUCGAGGACGGCAUUCCUUUCGGACCUCAUCCGAGGUGCAUGAUCACCGGAUGCGUGUCUGCUGACGUAGAGGCAUGUUGUAUUCUGCCUCCCGACAUGCCUCAAUUAUUGGUCUACAAGUAUUGCAUCAUCGCAGAGGACGAGCAUCUUCCAGACUCAUGCACGACCAUGGGUCACCCCAUCACACAUUCCGUCAUGACGGCUCCUUGCUCGUAUCGCUCGCUCGGGUGGCACGAGCUGAAUGCUAAUCUCCGUCUGACGAUGUUUCGAGCGGGCCAGAAACUGAGCAAGCGACCACUGCACUACCAGCAUGUCUUGCGGGGUCUACUGCCCCACAAGGAGGCCAAUCAUGCUUAUAGCAUAGCCUCACAGUAUAUGUCGUGGACGAUCCCCGUACCUUCCGAGAUGGUUCCCGACAGACGGUUGUGGGCAACAGGGGAGCCCUCGGCCUGUCCUGAUGGUUACUUCCACUGGCCCGUGAGGCAGUAUUGUUCUCCCCUGUCAGAUGACGACGCUGUCCGCUUUUCUACCCCAUUCCGGCCAAUCGUCUCACGGUUAAAGAGGAAACGUUCUGGCGACACCAGCAUGGGUACACUAGCCUAUACUACGAAGAAAAGUGCUCAACGCGCGGUCAGCGUCCGUCAGUGGUGUUUAGAUUGCGAUCAAGCUCGAGUUGAGUGGACGAUGGGACCGCCUGCGGAACCUGAGGACGCAGAGUUACUCGCUUAUCAACAGGGGAAAGUCGGCGAUGUGCUGCCCGCUGUGCAAGACCUUUGGUCGCUGGAAACCCAUUUCUCGAGGUUGAUAUCUAGCCUCAUACCUCACUUUGUCACGAUUACACAUGCUCUCCAAGUCUUGAACAUUCGGAAUGGUUUGACAGGGAACCUCUUCGACCCGCCGUUUCGACUGGAGCUUCUGUGA